UUGGUUUCCAGGUGGAAAGAGCUGUCUAGUGAGGUCCUGAUAUUGCCAGAGAUCCACGGAGGGCCGCGGUCCCGGCAGUUGCAGCCUGCACGUUCCCUCCCAGGGCCUUCCCACUGCCUGAAGCAUUUUCCUGUUGACCUACGGACCUCCAUGGAUGGCAAGUACAAAGAGCUUGCUGAGGAGUUGUUUUGUCACUCAUUGGCUGAGAGUGAAAUGCGCAGUGCUCCCUAUGAAUUUCCAGAAGACAGCCCCAUUGAACAGCUAGAAGAGAGGCGCCAACGGUUGGAGCGGCAGAUAAGCCAGGAUGUGAAACUAGAACCUGACAUUUUACUCAGAGCCAAACAGGACUUCCUGAAAAUUGACAGUGAUGCCGACCUACAAUUAUAUAAAGAACAGGGUGAAGAUCUAGUAGAUUACCUUCCAAAAGAGCGAGAUGUAUUUUUGGAGAGAGAGUUCCAGAGGGUCACCAUCUCUGGAGAAGAGACAUGUGGGGUGCCCUUCAUAGACCUAUUGGAUGCUGCUAAAAGUGUGGUCAAAGCAUUGUUCAUCCGGGAGAAGUACAUGGGGCUUUCUCUUCAAAGCUUCUGUAAAACCACAGCCCGGUUCCUGCAGGAUCUUUCGGAAAAACCCUUUGCCCUCAGGAUGUAUGAGGAGAUUCCUGAGACUCCCGUGGCCGCAGAUGCUCCAGUGCAUCCGCCAUUUGCACACCAGCACCCUUAUGAAAAAUGUGAUCCUGACUCAAUGCCUGGAGAUCUUGGCUUUGGCCUCAGGAUGGUCAAUGGAGUAGUUCAUGUGUACACCAAGCAGGACAUCACCGACAAGACCACUGAACUGGACUUGCCUUAUCCUGACCUGCAGGAGUUUGUGGCUGACAUGAAUGUUCUAAUGGCUCUGAUCAUCAAUGGCCCCAUAAAAUCUUUCUGCUAUAGGAGACUUCAAUACUUAAGUUCAAAGUUCCAGAUGCAUGUCCUGCUCAAUGAGUUGAAAGAGCUGGCAGCUCAGAAAAAGGUGCCACACCGUGACUUCUACAAUAUCCGGAAGGUGGACACACACAUCCAUGCUUCAUCCUGCAUGAAUCAGAAGCAUCUGCUACGCUUCAUCAAACGGGCUAUGAAGAAACAUCUGGAGGAAAUCGUUCACGUGGAAAAGGGCAAGGAGCAAACCCUUAAAGAGGUCUUUGAGACCAUGAAUCUCACAGCAUACGAUCUGAGUGUGGACACCCUUGAUGUCCAUGCGGAUCGCAACACCUUUCAUCGGUUUGACAAGUUCAAUGCCAAAUACAACCCCAUAGGAGAGUCUGUCCUGCGUGAGAUUUUCAUUAAAACAGACAACGAAGUCUCUGGAAAAUACUUUGCUCAUAUAAUUAAGGAGGUAAUGUCUGACCUAGAAGAGAGCAAAUAUCAGAAUGCAGAACUGCGACUGUCUAUCUACGGCCGAGCACGGGAUGAGUGGGAUAAGUUAGCCAAGUGGGCUGUUACCCACAGAGUGCAUUCCAACAAUGUACGCUGGCUGGUGCAGGUGCCUCGGCUAUUCGACGUAUACAAAACAAAGAAACAGUUGGCCAACUUUCAGGAGAUGUUGGAGAACAUUUUCUUACCUCUCUUUGAAGCCACCAUCAAUCCUGCCAGCCACCCAGAAUUGCAUCUCUUCUUGGAGCAUGUGGACGGUUUUGAUAGCGUAGACGAUGAGUCCAAGCCAGAGCACCACAUCUUCAACUUGGACAGUCCCUUGCCUGGCAAUUGGGUGGAAGAAGAUAAUCCACCAUAUUCCUAUUACCUUUAUUACACAUAUGCUAAUAUGGUGGUGUUGAAUCAUCUGCGUAGAAAGCGGGGCUUCCACACCUUUGUGGUGCGACCCCACUGUGGGGAGGCAGGACCCAUCCAUCAUCUUGUGUCAGGUUUCAUGCUGUCAGAGAACAUAUCUCAUGGCCUCCUUCUCCGCAAGGCACCAGUGCUGCAGUAUCUCUACUACCUGGCUCAGAUUGGCAUUGCUAUGUCUCCACUUAGCAAUAACAGUCUGUUCUUAAGCUACCAUCGUAAUCCACUACCUGAGUACCUGUCUCGGGGCCUCAUGGUCUCCCUGUCCACAGAUGAUCCCCUGCAGUUCCAUUUCACUAAGGAACCCUUGAUGGAAGAGUACAGCAUUGCCACACAGGUUUGGAAGCUCAGCUCCUGUGAUAUGUGUGAACUUGCCCGGAACAGUGUGCUUAUGAGUGGCUUCUCCCACAAGGUGAAGAGCUACUGGCUUGGACCCAACUACCUGAAGGAGGGGUCUGAAGGCAAUGACAUCCGUCGUACCAAUGUGCCAGAUAUUCGGGUAGCCUAUCGCUAUGAGACACUUUCCCAGGAGCUGACUCUCAUCACCCAGGCUGUGCAGACGGAGAUGCUGGAGACCAUCCAGGAGGAAGACCUUCUGACUAUCAGCUCCAUCCGGGAUACUUGCUGAAAGAGACUCGUUCAUAAUCGGUCUCCCUUUCAGCCCUACACUGUCUUGACUAGCUGGGGCUGUUCUGUGAGCGCAAAGAGAGCCUGACCAUCCACCUCCCUCAUCCCAGAGUCUUUUCUACUUUCCUGUUUUGUGUGUGUGUGUGUGUGUUUCCUUCAGUAUCUCUUGGAAAGGUUUCCAUGAUUUCUUUGCACUUGGUUAUCUGCCGGGGUCUCCUGAAAGGUGCACAGAAGCGUCUCCAGGGUUCAGAUCCAGUAACCAAGCAAAGCAUCUGUAGUGUGAAUGGAAAGGCUGGUCAGAUCAUUUGUAAGCCAAGGCCAAAGAGGUGGAAAGGAACUGCAGAAUAAAUUCUGGAAUACAUUUGUAUCAUGUGAAUACAUUUGUCUGGUGGCAAAAAGAAACACCAGCAUGUCUAUAUGUAUCCUGAGCAACAUCUGCCAGGGCCAAAGUCUUCUGGGGGUGCCUUGCACUACCUCGCUUUUGUUUCAGGGGGUUCACGUUGACUGGUCAAGCAAUUCUGAGAAGCUGGAACCAGCCCUGCGUUUUGCCAUCAGGGCAGUACAUUGUUGUCAAUCCCACUGUGCAAGAGCCUCUGUUUUUCAGUGUUAAGCUCUAGUCUAGUGUUUCUCAAGCAUGGAAACUUUUAAAAUGUCUGGACUUUAACUCC